AUGAGUCAAGAAGCUCGAGUCCGCAAACGCAUUCCGACAUCUUGCAAACGUUGCCAUCGACGGAAGCAGCGCUGCGUGGGCUUUCCGACUUGUUCUAGCUGCGAGGUCGCCGGCCAACCAUGCACUCGAGCAGAGACUGCACCGUCAUGGCACCACGCAAUGUCGAAGGGAGCGCUGGUGCGACGGAUCGAAAUGCUGGAGGCGCAGCUGGCUGAACGGCAGCCCGGUGAUGAACGGCUAACACCGGCGUCGGGAACUGUGCAUCAUGCUUCUAGCCCUAAAGAAAACAUCAUCUCCUUGACUGCUAUAAUGAGCAGCGAUAAUCCGCAAGAAAAUCAGUCUUAUUUUGGACCGUCAUCAGGCUUAUCCAUGGCGAAGAGCCUAGACUGGUUCAUUCAUGAUACUGUCUUGACGAGAUCUAUCCCCGUCUCAGCGAGCAUUAUGGCACCUACCGUCGAACCCUUCGAUCAGACCGUAUUGCACAGAGCGAAACCACCGGGUGAUGAGGAGGGAUCGAGGCUGCUCGAUGCCUACUUUUCAAAGACCCAUAUUCGCUUUCCCUUUCUAGAUCGCGCACAGAUUUUAAAACUUCAUGCAGAAAGAUAUCAAUCGCUGGAGGAUAGCCCAGAGGGUAGUUAUAGACAGUUCAAACUGUUCAUGGUCUACGCAAUUGGGGCUACCGUUCUCCAAAUGACUCAAAACCACAACACAACAACAACAUCACCAUCACCGUCCCCUCCCAGCACGUAUUUGACGACAGCGUUAAGUUUCGAAUCUAGUCUCCGUGAUUCAUUCUCGCUCGCCGGCUUGGAGGCAAUCAUGUUACUGGUUAUGUAUCAUCUACGGCUUUCGUCGCCGUCCAAAGUGUGGUACAUGUUGGGUCUGGCUAUGCGGAUCAGCAUUGAUCUCGGUCUUCAUCGUGAACUUCACUACCGCAAUAUUGGGCGUGACGAGGCUCAGAGAAGACGGCGAUUGUUCUGGAGUGUCUAUUUGGUCGAAAGGUAUAUUUCCUGGUCGCUCGGUCGUCCGUUUAACAUAGCUGAGGAGGAGAUUGAUGCUGGUAUUCCGGCUGAUCUGGGUGAUCACCUGGCCGAUGAUGAUGUUGUUGUUGCAAAUUCUAUACAGAGUCCACCCGACCCGCAUAGUCAAGGAAACUGUUUGCGUAGGUUCAUUGCGUGUAUUCGAUUGUCGCGAAUCGCAUCCGUCGUUCACACCCGCAUCUAUCGAGUCGAUAGGGACAUCUCAACUCUGCUACCAGAGAUCGAUCCAUUGAUGAACGAUUUGCAGCAGUUCGAGAAGCAACUACCACAUCUAGCACCAGACGACGAUGACUUUGUGCGUAUGCAUCUCAAUAACUCGGUACGAGUCGUGCUGCAACCUUUUCUGGCAAUACUGCCUUCGGCAGAUAGUCGGAUUCAGACGUGUCUCGCUGCUUCUGGGCGGAUGUGUCAGCUUUUCAAGAAGUCAAGACAGACAGACUCUUCGGCGGGACACUCUUUCCUACUAGCCAAUUCGAUCUUUAUGGCUGGGCUGACGAUGUGUUUCUGUCUCUUCCGGUCCCCGUCCCUUUGGUCGAUUACUGUCGCGAACGAUAUACGCGCCUGCUCCUCGGCCAUGUUUUUCAUGUCAGAACGCAAUCUAUCUUUGAGCAAGUACCGCGAUAGCCUGGAAACUAUCAUCAAUCGCGUCAUGGAAUUCGUAGACCAGAACCAAGAAGCUACAACCACUCGCCCCUCGUUCGACUUUUUCGCAAGUGUCGUGCAAGCUGGCGGUUCUGGAAUUCCUUCUAUCGAUUCAGAACCGUGGUCUGAUUUGGGGGAUUGGUUCGGGCUUCAGAAUACUUUUGGUGUGCAUGCAGAUGAUCUCUGA